CGAAAUGACGGCGACCUGCUGCAAUGAAAAAAGCCUUUUUGUGUGUCGUCAACAUAUAUAAGACAUCUCUGCCGCAGUUUCUUUCUUUGGAAUAAUGUCGGCUGAAUAUGAUAAUAGAGACAAUGGCCCUGAGGGCAUGGAGCCAGAUGGGAUCAUUGAGAGCAACUGGAAUGAGAUCACUGACAGUUUUGAUGAGAUGAACCUGCGUGAGGCUCUUCUCAGGGGAAUCUAUGCCUAUGGUUUUGAGAAGCCCUCUGCUAUCCAGCAGAGAGCCAUUAUGCCUUGUAUCAAGGGAUAUGAUGUGAUCGCUCAAGCCCAGUCUGGCACUGGAAAGACUGCCACCUUUGCAAUUUCCAUCCUUCAGCAGAUCGAUGUGGAAAUGAAAAGCACCCAGGCUCUGGUCUUGGCUCCUACAAGGGAGCUGGCUCAGCAGAUCCAGAAGGUGGUGCUGGCUCUGGGUGACUACAUGGGAGCCAAUUGCCAUGCCUGUAUCGGAGGGACCAAUGUUCGCAGUGAAGCCCAGAAGCUCCAGGCUGAAUCCCCUCACAUUGUGGUGGGAACCCCUGGCCGUGUCUUUGACAUGCUGAAUCGCAAAAACCUCUCUUCCAAGUUCAUAAAGAUGUUUGUGCUGGAUGAGGCUGACGAGAUGCUUAGUCGAGGAUUCAAGGACCAGAUCUAUGAGAUUUUCCAGAAACUGGCAAGCAGCACGCAGGUUGUCCUCCUGUCAGCCACCAUGCCAGCCGACGUGUUGGAAGUCACAAAGAAGUUCAUGCGUGAACCAGUUAGAAUCCUGGUGAAGAAGGAGGAGCUGACGCUUGAGGGCAUCCGUCAGUUCUACAUCAACGUGGAAAAAGAGGAGUGGAAGCUGGACACGCUGUGUGACCUCUACGAGACCCUGACCAUCACACAAGCGGUCAUAUUCAUCAACACAAGGAGGAAAGUGGACUGGCUGACUGAGAAGAUGCAUGCCAGAGACUUCACUGUGUCCGCUCUGCAUGGUGACAUGGACCAGAAAGAGAGAGACUUGAUCAUGCGGGAGUUCCGCUCUGGCUCCAGUAGAGUCCUCAUCACCACUGACCUGCUGGCCAGAGGUAUUGAUGUCCAGCAGGUGUCCCUAGUCAUCAACUACGACCUGCCGACCAACAGGGAAAACUACAUCCACAGGAUUGGUCGCGGUGGUCGUUUUGGCAGAAAGGGAGUUGCCAUUAACAUGGUGACAGAGGACGACAAGCGAACCCUGAGGGACAUUGAGACAUUCUACAACACCACGGUGGAGGAGAUGCCCAUGAAUGUGGCCGAUCUUAUCUAGAUGACUCCAGCGUUGACCCUCUCCCCACUUGUUUUAGCAGUCAACCUUGUUUUCUUAUACGAUCUGAAUUCUAAGAACGUUCUUUUGCUAAAUUCCACAUGACUUUACCCUUUACAUUCUUGGAGGGAAGAAUAUGGCCAACGUUCCUCCCUUACCGUUGACGUUUUUUUUUUUUUGGGCCGUUUUGGAAGGAUGGAAUUACUGAUCUGCUUGCCAUAGUCAAUUACCCCUCAACCCAAAUUUGUCCUCCAGCUAAUCCCCCCCCCCCCCCCCCUCCGAACAUAACACAUACACAAAAUUUGUUUUUCGAAACAGACUUUUAAUAUCAAACAAGUUUGUAAUUUGGUUUCACACGUGCAAAAAAUACCCGCGUUUCCAAAAGUGCAUUGUACAUGCCCCAGCAAAGUUAAUGUUUGGACAUAUUUUAGUUUGUUUAGACCAAAAGCUUUCAAAAACCUGCAUAAUUGAACGUUCAUUACACUAGCCCAGACGCUUUUGUGAAAUGCGGCUAUAAUUUGCACCCGGAUAUAAACGAGGGGCUUAAACUGCAGUUAAGUUUGGAACUCAAAUUUACCAAUGCUCUAAAUGAAAUGGGAAGUGCUGCAUUUGACCAGAUCAGUAUUUAAGCAACUUUCAGUGUACUGCAAACAUCCUUUUAGCUCCCAUCCCUGAUCAUGUUAAGAGGUUUCUGGGGCUAGAGUACACAGGGCAUAUUCAAUAAAAAGACCUAUAUAGUAAAAUCCAUCAUGAUUGAGUUGUUUACCGCUUCGAUCCUUUUCUGGCGUUUCUUCAUAUAUAUUUUAAAUGCUUUUGUACAUAGCGCUUGUGCAGUUGCAUUAAAUUGAAGACUGACCGGGGGCCACAGCUGUUCGGAGGCAAACAACAACGGUGAGUGCUGUUCGAGACUUUGCCUCUCGACCCUGAAGACCUGGUUAGAUUUUCAUCUCGACCGCUUCAACACUGUUAAUUUAGAUAUUAUUUUUCAACAAAAUAUUGCGUUUUUGAUAAGGUGGCAAGUGUCUAUUUGUAACCAACCUUGCCAAAAAUGUUGCGCUGGGGUUAGGGGUUUAUCGGAUAUGAAAGGACCAAACUACAGAAUAUGUAUGCAGAGACCCCCCUCUUGAGAGCUAUUGUUAAAAUACCUGUCGUCAUGGGGUUUGUUGUGUAGGAUAACCGUCAUGUUUUGAGGUGUGUAGUCGGUGCAAUUUUUUUUAAAUGACUGCGGAAUUGUUAACCUUUUGAGCUAGACACAGUAUCACGUUUUCUACAUUGGAUUCUGUAUAGUAUUUAUUUUAAUGGUCUUUAAAAAAAAUAAAGGUUUCUCCCCCAUGACAGUG